CAGGUACAUGCGUUGUAGGCAAAUAAUCUCUUUCCUCCUAUCCCUCUCUGCCUAUUCUCUUCAUCAAUCCACAAACCCAAUCUACUGUCUCCCUAAUCUUGCCUUCUUUCAUAUACUCCUCCUCGCCCUUACAGCUUUCAUCUCUCCUUCUCCUUCUCCUCUCAUCUCAUCUCUUCGGGAGCCGAGGAGAGGACGAAAACGGAGCUAUUAUAAGUCUAUGGAGCUCGUCCCCUACUCAUCCCCAGAGCCUAACCCUAGCAACCCCUCCUGGUCCGACAUGUUCCGCUCCGCCUCCCUCCGCCGCCCCCCCGACUCCCUCCCCCCUUCCCCCCCUCGCCUCUCGGAAUCCUACCCCGACGGCAAGCCCCCCAAACCCUCCGCCGCCGGCGACACCCUCGAAGCUUCCUCCGCUGCCGCCGGGACCCUUGCCGGCGACCCCCACGCCCGGCUGGCCCUUUACAUCGCCAUGGCCCACGCCGGCCUGGCCCUCUCCCUCCUCCUCCUCUACGGCCUCUACCGCCUCCUCCACGACUUCGUCCGCCCCCUCCAGUGGGCCAUCCUCUGCUCCAUCCCCCUUCGCCAGCUCCAGGACGCCCUCGUCUCCUUCUGGUCCCCUCCCCUCCGCCUCGGCCUCCUCCCCUCCCUCCUCGCCGUUCCCUCCGCCCUUCUCCGCGCCUCCGCCGCCACCCUCGUCGACUUCCGCUCACUCCUCCUCCGCCGCAAGCUCGUUUCCUCCUCCUCCCCAUCCUCCUCCUCCACCCUUGGCUUCUCCCGCCUUCUCCGUUGGCUCGUCUCCUUCUGGGUCUUCAUCAUCACCUUCGAGCAGCUCGGCGCCGCCGUCCUCCCCCUCUUCGCCCUUGGCUUCUUCCUCGCUGGCCCCACCGCCUCUGUCGUCCGCAAGGCCAGCUUUGUCAGGCCCGACACCUCCUCCGCCAAGCGCGGUUGCACUUGCAUCACUGCCGGCAUCCUCAAGCGGCUCAAAACCAUUGUCGCUGUUGGCCUGAUUGUAGGAAUGAUCGUCGGGAUUUUAGCUGGCGGCAUCUUUUUCUCCUACAAGAUCGGCGUGGAGAGUAAGGAUGCCGUGAUGUCGGUCAAAUCCCGUGUUCAGCACAGUAACUAUGCCGAGAGGAUCGGAUUCAAGAAAUGGAUGGAGGAUAAUGACAUCACUGGUCUUGUGGAUCGCUACUCGGCCAAGCUCUACGAUACUGCUUGGGAACAGAUCGAUCGGCUUGCAGUCCAGUAUAAUAUGACUGACUUUGCUAAUGGGCUUCGGCAAUUUAUGGUAAACCAGUCGGCAAGUCCUUCUGGAGGGGCUUCAACAGCUCUGGCGAGCUCACCACAGCACCCAUACACGGUAAAGCUCCAAUCUUUGAGUGUUCUGGUGAAGAAUCGCGAGUGGGCGGAGAUUUAUAAAGAAUUGGAUUUGAUUGUUAGAGAAUUGUUGAUUACUAGAGGUGAUUUGGUGGAGAAGGCAAAGGGGAUUGCUUUUCAGGGGAUUGAAGUCUCGAAGCAGGUGCUCUCCAGUAGUACAUCGAUCCUCGGUGGAAGUGCCAGUGUGAUUGGUUUUGUUGCCCUGGCAGUGAUCUCCGGUGCGGCAGAAGUAAUUAAUUUUUUGUCGCAAUUGAUGGUCUUCCUCUGGGUUCUGUAUUAUCUAAUCACGUCAGAAUCUGGUGGGGCGACAGAGCAGGUUGUGGGCAUGCUCCCCAUUUCAAAAUCCAUGAGGGUUCGAUGUGUUGAGGUUAUCAACCAUGCUAUCAGCAGUGUGCUUUUGGCUACUGUGAAGAUUGCCAUCUUCCAAAGUUGCCUCACAUGGCUGCUGUUCAGGUUCUGCUCAAUGCAUUUUGUGUACAUGUCGACUGCACUUGGAUUCAUUAGUGCCCUGCUGCCAAUACUACCAUCUUGGCUUUCAACGAUCCCUGCUGUGGCUGAGCUGCUCAUGGAGGGGAGGUGCAUUUUUGCCAUCGCAUUGACCGUGAUGCACCUUGUGCUCAUGGACUACGGAUAUUCAGUAAUCCAGGAGGAUAUACCCGGGCACAGUGCAUACCUCACUGGGCUUAGUAUCAUUGGUGGCAUGACAUUGUUCCGGAAUGCUUUAGAGGGUGCAAUAAUGGGUCCUCUUCUAAUGACAGUUGUCCUUGCUUUGAAGAAUUUGUAUUCAGAGUUUGUGCUUGCUGAUACAGGAGAAAUCAGUGGAUAGGGUGCAGAUGGAAAAGAUACAUCCUUGGUCUUUUGCUCUGGUUAGUUAAGAGUGUAGCAAAGUGGGUAGCAUCUAUAGCAAAAAACAUCAGUUCUGCUGUUGUACCUCUGAGGUAUAUUUAUUUUAUUUUUGAUUAAUUGUUCUCUCGUCGAAGGGGGCAAUUAUUCUUUAGGGUGUGGAUUUUGUACCAUAUCGAUCAUUUUCUCUCUGAUUGAUGGGAAAAUUGUAAAUUCAUUGUAGCAUUCUGAUAUGAAAAGGCAUGUAAUCCACGCCAAAAUAUGCCAUUGUAUUGCAAUAAAGGUUGCUAAUUUUGAAUUUGUUGGAUCA